AUGUCAAGAAUUGCAACAAGAUAUAUAGAUUAUCAUAAUCUAACCCCCAAAAUGAGCAUAGCCGAACUUAGCAAUUAUUCUGAAGGAUUGGUUAAAAUUUUAAAAGAUGUGAAGGCCCGUGAUCAUGCAAGAAAUCGGAUCCAGAAAUUGGGAUUUAGUAAAGAUCAAACAUAUGCUUUAAUUCCUAUUCAAACAUCUGGAAGACGCGUUACAGGUAGGGAUCCAGUUAAGAAACUUGCUUUGUAUAUUAAGGAGAAUGAAGAUAAUCUUGAAGCCAAAGAAAUAAAUGAAUUGGCUCGUAAUUUAGCAGAAACAGGCCCUACUGAUAUAGCCAAAUCUUCUCUCCUUAAAUUGCUCCGAAAAGAAUUACGCCAACUCAAUGCCAAUUCUAUUACAUUAGAAGCUAUAUAUGCCCCAGACAUUACUAUUGCAUCAAAUAAAGAACAAAGGGGGAGGCAAGAGCGUCGUGAAGAUGAAGGAUACGAUUGUCCCGAAUUCUUUACUCUAGAAAAAGUACAGGGACGACUUCAAAAAUGUGACACAGCUAAUCCUCCUACAAUACAAAAUUUAAUCGAUAUAAUGGUAAUGCUAUGUAUGAGGCCAGCAGACGUGAGAAAUCUUCAUAUAGACCAGUAUAAUUCAAAUAAUGCGGAAUGGUACGAUCCUAAAUAUUCUUGGUACUGCACUGGCUAUGCUAAAAAUAAAAAUGACGAGCCUAGGCCAUUCGUAUCAAUGGAAAAAGACCCACUACGAGCUAUUGAGUUACUUACUUGGAUUCAAAAGUCAAUUCCGGAGAGAUUUCCAUUUCUAGUAAAGGAUGAAGAUGGUGAUGUGAACGUCCAUCCGAUUAAUAACUUUUUAAUUCCCUAUGGCAUUAGUUCAUCAUAUUUAAGAAAAAUAGGUUCCGAACAUGCUAUUAUAAUCCAUGAAGGUAAGACUCGCUCUAAAUGUAACCAUCUUUGUAAAUUAGCAUUAAGACACAAAAUAAAUCGAGAAGCAUCAGAUCAUUACGGUAUAAUGAAUAGCAGACCGAAUAUUCCAGCACCUAAACAAGAAAAUAGUGAAGUCGAGGAUAUCAUCGAUUUGUAUGGAGAAAUUUCUGAUGAUGAUAACUAA